CAGCUAGUAGACUAGCAAUUAUACGUUAUCAAGAGACUCAUCGGUGGGUUUCGCUUAAUGGAGUUUUUAAUAUAAAAAGUAUAUUUUGUAAUAAUUAAUUAACCGAGAGCUAGCGAUCAUCAUCAUGUUAUUGAGAAGCACAUCUGCUCCGAUACUGAGCUCGUGGCUUCCACAACACUGCACGAGAGAGUCUUCUCCGGAGCCCGAGUCACAGCUCCAGCGCCGACACAGAUCGUUGUGUCUUCUCUCAUCAAAGUCCAUAGAUGAACACACGCAUGGGGAGCUGUUGCACAAACCGCUCUCUGAUAACAAUAAGCAGGAUAGUGUUAUCGAAUCAAGAGACAACGACAGCAAAAACGUAAUACCUCGCAGGCAACGCAGGUCAUCGUUAGAUGAAAUUCCCCGUGGAACAGCCUACGGUAGAAAGAUUUCGGAUCCGUCGUCGACUAUUUUUAUGGAAAGGCUCUUCUCGAGCUCUGGACUGGGAGAGAAGGUCCGUGAUGAUGAUCAUCAUCAUCAUGAUCUGGACACUCUCGCGAGUGGUGGUGGUGGCGGUAUGGGAAGCAGCGGCGGUAAGAGAUGCAACGGCGGUGGUGUCGGUGGAAGCGAUGUUGACGGCGGUGGAAGUGAGGACGCCACCGAUACGUAUUACCGGGAGAUCAUCGACUUAAAUCCUGGAAACUCGCUUUUUACCGCAAACUACGCCAAGUUCUUGAAAGAGGUAAGAGGAGACAUGAAGAAAGCAGAAGAGUAUUGUGAAAGAGCAAUUUUAGGGAACACCAACGAUGGAAUCGUUCUCUCGCUAUACGCCGAUCUCAUUUUGCAAAACCACGGAGAUCGUAAAAGAGCCGACUCCUAUUUCCAACAGGCUGCCAAAUUGUCCCCAGAAGACUGCUAUGUGCAAGCUUCAUACGCAAGGUUUCUGUGGGAUGUGGAAGAGGAGGAAGAAGAAGGAGAAGAAAAUUAUGAAGAAAAAGAAGAAGAGGAACAAGUGCAAAGGAGUGAUGAAAUUGGCCAUAUGCCUCCAAGUAUCAUGUUCCGUGAUUUUCACCAACACACUCCUACUACCACACCAUCCUAAACACACAUAUAGACACCUUCCUCUUAUAUAUUUAUUAUUACUACGUUAAUAAAUUAGUUAAACAUAACUUUAACACACAAAAAAAGAUAAAUAUGAUAUGCAUGUUUAAUACAUAUAAUACAAAUGCAAUAUCUGAAAAUGUUCAAAA